CUCUCUCCCUCACACACUUCUCCUGACUUCUGAUCCUGCUCCUUCUGACAGCCAGGCACCCUCCACACCACACCCAUGGCCUGCAACAGCCUCUGCCGUCCCUGCGGACCCACCCCACUGGCCAACAGCUGCAACGAGCCCUGUGCCCUGCAAUGCCAGGAUUCCCGUGUCAUCAUCGACCCUGCCCCUGUGCUGGUCACCCUGCCAGGACCCAUCAUGACCUCCUUCCCCCAGAACACCGCCGUCGGAUCCACCUCCUCCGCUGCUCUGGGCACUGAGCUCAAUGCCCAGGGACAGCCCAUCUCUGGUGGCUUUGGUGGCUUUGGCUAUGGCCUUGGCUAUGGCCGUGGAUUUGGCUACGGGCUGGGAGGCCUGGGCUGCUAUGGCAGAAGGGGCGGCUACAUCUGCUAAGGACCCUCGGCACACACCUUGCUCCCACUGUGGGGCAGGAAGGCAAUGAUGAUCUGGCAAAACCUCCUUCAAGUAAAUGACCUUGGCCUAUGGUCAUCCUACUUGCGCUUCAGCCUGGCUCCCUUCCAUUUGCUGCUUAUGGCCUUUCAGUCUUCUACCUCAAUAAAGUUUUCCUGCAUCACA